AUGGUCAUGGUCAUGGCGUCUGUGAUCCAACUUGGAAGGCGAAUCCAUAUGCACCUGAGUGCAGCAGGCGCCUUACUGACUCAAGGCAGUGCUGGACCUGUGUCCGAAGAGCUACCAUCUCCACAACCUUUGCAUACCCCGGCUGGUGUUGCCAUGAUUGAUCCAGCUCUGAGCACGCCAUCCCUUGUCCAGGAAAUCUAUGGAUACCUCCCUCUGCUGACCGACAUUCUUGCAUGGAGGUCAAGCAGUCGCUUUACACGAUCCAUUGGGCAGUCCAUUGCCGCACAGCGCUUCACACGAAUCAUCCAUCCCUUCGUCGGCAACCAUGCUGCUGAACUACGUUAUCUGAUGUAUACCUGGGGCGCCGUCAUCACUGGAUCUUGUGCAUUGCAGAUGCUCACUGGAGGAGAUGAUGCACCAAACAACUUGAACAUUGUGUGUCCAUCGGGCAGCUUUGACGUGCUGCAAGGGUUUAUACUGGACUCACUCAGUUAUCGACGGGUGGAUGCGGUCACACGAUCCAACUAUGCUUUCCGUGCAGUUGUGAGAGCAUUUGCAAAGUAUCAGCGUGGACCACUGCGUAUCACACUGUGCGAGGCCAUCAGCGAUGACAUAUUUGAUAUCAUCACCAGCUCACCGACCACAGGGGACAUGCUCAUCAUGACUCCAGGCAGCGUUGUGGCAUUCUACCCUGAAUGGACGUUGAACGGGGUUGCAGUACUCAAUCACGUGGUGACCAGUCACAUUCCAGGUAAGAAUGUAGGGUGCAUCGAGAAUGACCAGUACAUCGUUUGGGAAAGCACAACAUUCUUGCAGCAGCCGUGCAGAGACUUCUGCCCUGCGCUUUGGCGCAACAUUGCAGACAGCAAAGGAUGCACUCUGGUACUUGAGUGGGACAAGAGAUAUCCCAUUCGGCCAGCCAUGGCACGCUCCAACACUGCCUGGCGAAUUGCAGAGCACUGCGCCAACCCCUUAUGCCCAUACAACCCUUUGACCAAUGCUCGCCUUGCCCGGCUGCCUCCAUUUUUGCCAGUCUCUGACCAGCUAACCGCCAGAGAGCAGGAAGCGCGGCUCCUUGACCACUACCCUAGCUAUGUGAAAUGCUACACGGGAAUGUUGUAUGCUUCCGCAGCCUCAACACCUCUCCUUGUGCCAGUUCCUCUCAGGGAUGGCGUGACGCAACUGAAGCACAUCAACGAACUCGAAGUGCUGCAUUGGGUGGACUGCCUGGGCGACAACAGGUUCAAUGCCGACAUGGCACGCACACGUAAGACCUUCAAUGUCAUCGCAAACACCUCUUCGCCUGCAUGUGGGUAUGGCUAUACAUUCUUCCGAGAACAUCCUGCAUUGUACCCACCACCAAACGCACUGAUCUGGGACAUCACCAGUGACUUGAUGAGUCACAACAAUGUCAUUGGAAAUGUGUUGGUCGUUAAACAUGCUGCAGGCGACAAACACAACGUCAUUGAUCUCACGCUGCAGGACAUCGAGACUAUCAAUUCUGUUAUCAGACGUACAAUAGACAACAUGGAAUUCUGGAUGUGA